AUGUUGCUACUGAUCCACAGACGGAUUCUGAAAACAGUCACCUUUAUAUUGCUAGCGCUUGGUGGUUUUUUAUGCUGGCGUAUGUCACUUGAUAUCCAGUCGACCUUUUCACGCUCGUACCGUGUUCAAGAAUAUAGAAAAUUGCAAGAGCUAGCGAUACUAAAGCCAAAUGUGAGUUCGCCGACAAAUUUAUUUUCCACGAAGCAAUCAAAUGAAAAACUACUGCAGCACAAGACAACCCUGAUAACCACGACCAGUUGUGGGCGGCCCUACUUUCUUCUAGUAUUGGUCUCAUCCGCACCCUUUAAUGCUCGGAGAAGGAGAGAUAUCCGCUUAACGUGGGGGGUUGACAGCGCUCUAAACCAGCGAUGGAAGACAUUUUUUCUUGUUGCUCAAACGCGAAAUCAAACGGAAUCAGAAGCACUGUUAAAAGAAGAUGAAAGCUUUAGAGACCUUAUACGCGCAGACUACUACGAACAUUAUUGGAAUCAGACCCUUAAGAUACAAAUGGCGUUUGAGUGGGCUUCCUUGUACUGUAAUUUUUCGUUUCUUUUAAAAAUGGACGACGACACAUUUGUUAACGUUAAAAGUUUGAUUUCAGUUCUUGCUAAGCCUGAAAUUCCUAAAGAAAAGCUAUACAUGGGACACUGUCCCAAGGGGCCCUAUGUGAAAAGAGAAGGAAAAUGGAAAGUUUCCUUUAAAGAUUAUAAACAUAAAUUCUAUCCCGACUUCUGUUCUGGAUACGGAAUUGUUUUGUCUUCUGAUCUUGUUCAUCUGUUUGUGGAUUUAUAUGCCGUUGUUCCUUGGUUUCAAAUUGACGAUGUUUACAUUGGUAUGCUUGCAGAAAAAGCAGGCGUGAAACCGAAAUAUGUGGGCAAAUUUCAUAUAGUUGAACCACCGAUUAACGUCACCUGCGUCAACUUGAAGAAACCCGACGAUAUUUUAGUAUGGCAUGGAGUAACGGGAAAAUGUCUCUUUGAAGUUUUUCAAUCUACACUGGAUUUUUAG